GGUGGGGAAACGACGCGUCACGGCCAAUCAUUUUGCUCCACCUCACCCACAGCCAAUGGCUUCGUCCUCCUCCUCACGGCCGACACGGUGAGAAGGUACUGACUCGCAUACAUAUACGCGCAGGCCAUAAGAGAAACACCACUGGCGCCAGUGCUUUGUUUCCUCUUCUUUCGGCUUCUCUCUUGCCCCGACUCGGUCCCCGUGUGCCCUGCGCUGCCUUGAUCCCAUGGCGCGCCCAUAAAUCUGAGCUGAGACGCGGCGCGGUCACCGUGACCCACAUGGAGGACGGCAUGGGCGACCUGUUCGACUACAUCGACGAUCUGCUCGACGACGAUGACGUGAUGGCGCUGGUGGAGCACUGCGACGACGCGGCCGCUGCUCUGCUCCUCCCUCCCCUGCCGCUUGUCCCUGUUGCUGCUCCCGUCACCGCUGCUGAUGGUGGGCUGGACUCCCUCGACUGCUCCGGGGACCACAAUGCGGAGCUCGAUGUUGUGCAACUGGAAUGGAUGCCCAAAUUCUUAUACGACUCCGACGCCUUCUCCCUCGACCUCCCGAGCUGCGACGCCAUCGCCAACGAUGCUGAUGACAAUGGCUCUCAAACCAAAGCCCGAGGCGACUCUUUCGUCUCUGCCUUGGGAGCGAACGCUACGGGAGGUGGCGACACGCCCGCUUCCUCCUCGUCCUGUUCGACUUCGGCUUCGUACUUCGGCGGCGGGAACAGCGCGAGAGCAAUGCUUCCUCCCGUUGGUCCUCCGGAGCUUCCUCCUGUGAUCCCCACCCGCGCGCGCAGCAAGCGCCAACGUCGCUCCACCUUAAUGCCCCAGCCCCCUUCCUCGGACGUCGUCGCGGCCCCCCACCCACUGUCCGUGGCCUCCGAUUCCGACCCUGAGAGCUUCGGCGAGUCCUGCCCCCCACCUCCUCCCCCGAAGAAGAAGAAGAAGAAGAGCAAGAAGAAGGGCCCCGGUGCCACCGCUGCGGCCGAAGGAGACGAGCCGGGCUCGCCUCCGCCGGGGAGGAAGUGCACGCACUGCGAGAUACAGAAGACCCCGCAGUGGAGGGCCGGCCCGAUGGGGCCCAAGACUCUCUGCAACGCCUGCGGCGUCCGGUACAGGUCCGGGCGGCUAUUCCCGGAGUACCGCCCCGCCGGCAGCCCCACCUUCGUCCCCUCGCUCCACUCCAAUUCCCACAAGAAGGUGAUCGAGAUGCGGAACAAGGCCAGCCAUUCUGCUGCCGCCCCCGGCGCCUCCGCGCCCUCCUCCGACGGCUGCGAUCUUCUCGGCUACAUGCGCCGGAAGGAAUGAGACGACGAUGACAGCGAACAAACUUAGCCACGCGCAAUCAUUUCUCUUGUUUCCGUAGCUUUAGGAUUCGUGUCGCUUUCUGAUUUGAUCGUUUGUUAUUAUUCUUUCUUCCAAAUUCCACUUUUUAAGUUAUGUACAGUAGAAAAAUAUGGCAGUUAGGAAGCAGUGAAAGAGAGGAAGAAAAAGAAUUGGCCAUUCAUCACAAGGAGAGGGGAAAGAAGACUUGAAGGGGAUUAGUGUACUCAACUAUUGGAGCUUGGUGUUCUUGAUUCUUU